AUGCUUCACACAGAUCCUAAGACAGGAGGUGAGUCUCCACCACGGCGUCGUUUUCACCAUGACUACGAUGCAGAGGAAUACGCCCCUCGCGUCAAAAUUCAUGGUCAACGUCCGGUAGACUUCUACUCAACUGCCAUUCACUACGUUCAGGAGCGGCACCUACACAAACGCACACCUUAUGGGUAUCACGUGCCGCCACAUGAAUACUACACCAAAGACCUCCUUGCCUGUACAGAGACUAGCUUCAACCCAUCCACUGCAUUAUGCACGCAGUGGGCGAGCACCUCUUUUCAUCCAGAUGCACGGUCUAGUAGGGUGCGAGUUCCGCUUUACGCCCUUCAGUGGGCCGCAAACGGCCGCCGUUUGUUGUGCUCAACAGGACGCGGCGAGUUCUUGCUCUUCAAUGGCCGUUCCUUUGGCCUGGAGGUAAAAACGGUGGCUCAUGAAGAUAGACACCCGUGCCGUGCCCUCGCGUGGGGUGGACGCACCGACGUGAUUCUCAGCGGUGAUGAUGCUGGCAAGAUGAAGGUUUGGCGGUCUAACUUUGUGCUCAUGGCGGAGUUCGACUCAAAUCAUCGUGCCGUGCGAGAAAUCACGUGGGCCCCGCUCGAAGCGAAGUUCUGCAGUUCGGGGCAGGAUGGCACCGCGCGGAUCUGGGAUACCCAGACGGUUGGUUCUCGCGGCGCCACAGAGCAGCCGGCGCGAGAGGAGGUGAAGCUGGAGGGCCAUGGUGGUGACGUGACCACUGCGCACUGGCACCCAUACCGCUCCCUCAUCGCGACAGGGAGCCAAGACAUGCAAUGCCGGCUUUGGGACCCGCGGACGGCGGCCCGCGGCAGCAUCGCGGCCCUCUGCGGCCAUAGUCAACCCGUGACCCGCGUGCGAUGGCAUCCCGACGGCCGAACGCUGCUGAGCGCAUCGAAGGACGGAACCAUUAAGCUCUGGGACAUCCGAAAGACGCAGCCGGAGCUGAUCCGCUUCAAGGGUCAUAGCGACAGUGUGGACCACAUUGAGUGGCAUCCGGUGGUGCCUGACCUUUUUGCCAGCUGUGGUGCCGAUGGGCGUAUUAUGUACUGGAUGGUAGAUGAAAGUGACGGCAUCCUAACGCACGGUGUGCUAGAAGCCAUCAAGGAUGCUGCCACGAUUGAGGCCGCGCAUGAUCGGUUUAGAGAGAAGGCAAACCCAGUCUUCACAUUGGCGUGGUGCCCAUUGGGAAACUUGUUGGCAUCAUGCAGGACAGAGGUAAAGUACUGGAGUCGUAAUAAGCCUGGCGCGCUUGAGGAGAAAGAGCGGGGCGCAGAAGAUGAGGAUGUCUUAGAGGAUGACGCAAAUGUGGUGUGA